AUGCCAGUUCCUACACUUUAUUUAACAAAUCCACUCAGUAUUGAUAAAACUAGUAAAUUACCACCAAACACGCCGCUAUCGGAAGUAUUUGAUGAGAAUGGAGUCAGCAAUCAAUCGUCAUCAUGUUUUCUGAGAAUAAUAUUGUCAACCAAUAUAAUGUACUCAAUACUCUGCAAAAAAACAAUACUGAAUGUCAAACCCUCAAAUAAUAGUAGCAUUAAUUUUGGAGCCUCUUGUAACCAAUCUGAUUUAAAUGAAUUUAUAGAAAAUGCAAAAUCAAAUCCUAUCAGCGAAGACGAAAAUACUGUUCCACAUGAAAUUGAUUCCCCAAAUCAAUUUCGAAAGCGUAAAUUUUACGAGCCUCGUCAUGUUAGUGAAAUUUCAAUAUCAGAUUUUGCGACGCCUAAAAGGAGUAAAAGAACCCUUUCUUUAAUAAAAGAGACUGAUAAAAAAAAAUCGGAUAAAAUAAAGCAGCUACAGAGGCAAACGAGGAACCUCGAGAAAAAAAUUUCAUCUUUGCAAGAUUUAAUAAAUCAUCUUAAGGAAAACCGUAUGUUAACUGAUGAGAGUGGUGAUGCUCUAAUGGUAUAGUAUAUUCUAACUAAUAUAAAUUGUAUAAUUAUAAAAUUGUAAAUAUUUUACACAAAUGUUAUGGAUCACGAAUUUAACUAAUAAUUUAGUUUAUUGAUGUUUUAUGAUAAGGUAUUUAUCAUCAAAUAUUUGUAGCAAUUGUACAUAUUUACUUUAUUUUUCUUUUCUCAGCGGAUUUCGGUAUAAAAAUUUUAACUAAUAUUAAAUAUUUCGCU